AUGCCAUUUGGAAAUAACGACUGGCUGGCCCUGACUCAGGAACCGGCCCUGGAACCCGAGAUUCCCCUCUGCGACCCGCAUCACCACUUCUGGGACAGGCGGAUGAUCAGCGUACCCUACCAGCGAUACCUGAUCCACGAGUUGAUGGCCGACCUCGACUCCGGCCACAACGUGCGCUCCACCGUAUUCCUCGAGGCCCGCUCCAUGUACCGCGCCUCCGGGCCCGACGAUCUGAAGUCCGUCGGCGAGGUGGAGUUCGUGCAGGGACUGGCCGCUGCCAGCGCCAGUGGCGUCUACGGCGAGGCCAGGGCCGCUGCAACCAUCAUCGGCGCCGCCGACCUUAAGCUGGGCGACGACGUGGCCCGGGUGCUCGAGGCCCUGCAGGCAGCCAGCCCCAACCGCUUCAAGGGCAUCCGCCACAACGUCACUUGGAGUCCCGACCCGGAGAUCGACAACCGGGAAGAGCCGGGCAUACUCGCCAACGAGUCCUUCCGGGCCGGCGCCCGCGUCCUGGCCCGUAUGGGCCUGUCGUUGGACAUCAUGCUGGCCUUCCCGCAAAUGAACGAGGUCGCCGAAUUUGCCCGCGCAGUGCCCGAGGUCUCCAUCAUCCUCAACCACCUCGGUGGCGUCAGCCGAACGGGCAUCUACUCCGGCCAGGACGACAACCUCAUCCCCGCCUGGCGGGAGGGCAUCGCCGCCGUCGCCCAGAACCCCAACGUCACCUGCAAGCUCGGCGGCAUGGGCAUGCCCCGCUGGGGGUUCGACUGGCCAUACCGGACCGUCCCCAUCGGCUCCGAAGAACUGGCCGAAGGCAUGGCCCCAUGGAUGAACUACGCCAUCGAGCAGUUCGGGCCGGACCGCUGCAUGUUCGAGAGCAACUUCCCGCCCGACAAGGUCUCCCUUCUCCUACAACGUGAUGUACAACGCCUUCAAGCGCCUAUCGGCAGGCUACAGCCCCAGUGA